AUGCAUCUCUCGGAUCGGGAAGCUGCCCAUGCUAUCCGGGCCAUACUCGAGCCCCUCGGCCGAACAAGCCUCAGCAUCGUAUACGCAGCGAAGGGCAACUCCAAGUCUGCUUCGAAGGCAGCUGGUUUUUGGGGUCAUUUGGGCGACGUCUCACCUCGAAAUGUUCUUGUCUUCGAUGAUCUUCACGCCAAGCUCUGCGAUUUUGCUGGUUCGAUUCUGAAGGGCAAGUUCCCCGAGGUUCUCUUUACGUGUGAGCCCCGUUGUUGGGUGCCAGGACCAGAAGGCGACUCUACUACUCGAAGUAUACUCGAAAAGGAGCUCUGUGCGCUUGGUACUGCAAUUUGCGAGAUUACAGAAUGGACUGUCUCUUAUGGGCCAAUAGAGAUAGACGAACUCCAGCAGAAACUUAUGGAUGGAGAGUAUCCUUACGUUGAUGAUAGUAACCAUGUCAAGCAUGUUAUCCAGAAGUUAUGGCAUUUUGAGUAUAGUUCUGCACAAGAGGUGGUGGAAGCUCCAAGGACAGCUCUGAUCGAUACAUAA